CCAGUCAUGAUGGAUCAUGGGAUGCCCGACGGCAGUCGAAGUGAUCGUCCCGCUCGUCCAAAUUUCCGGAACCCCUCUAGCGGUCCUGGGAUAAAGUUCAAAAGGCAUGAAACAGCAUCCGAUAGACAGGUCAUAUUUCGCGAGGAUAAAGGGGUCCAGCUCAGCUGCCUUCAGCCCCGGAUCGGCCCACAUCCCGCGAGACGCGGUCAUAAUAGAUCAUACCAAUCUGCUUCUGCUUCUCAUCGUCCGGAUUGGGUUUCGGGUCGAGGUGAAUGGGAAGAUGUGUUUUCCUCGUAUUGA